AUCAGAAAAGGGAGGUCCGCACUUUGUUGAGUGCGGACGCCCUUAUAGAAAAAGGGGACUGACACACACAUAUAUAGUGAUUACUCGAGGUUAUAUUAUAUCUAAUCUUUAAUUGCUAUAGAAAUUUGCGUUUGCAUGCUUAUGUUACUACUACUACUAAAACAAAAAUCGCCCGCGAAAAAUCCCUGGUGUUUGCGAAUUGCUGAUCUGAUCUCCACAUUCAAGAAACCAACGACUGACGGAUUGGAUCAGGGCACAAUGGCGAUGGUAACGGGUCUCGUCUACUCUAUGCUGCUUGCUUGUUUGUCUCUCACAACUCAGAUUCAUGGCCAGGAGGACAAAUCAGGUUUCAUAAGCAUAGAUUGUGGGAUGCCAGAAGGUCACGUUUACGAGAACACAUACUACAGUUCUGAUGACACGUUUGUUAACACGGGCAUAAACAGAAACAUAUCAGCAGAGUACAAAGAAGAAAAUCGACUUUUGGACAACCUAAGAAGCUUUCCUCAAGGAAAGAGGACCUGUUACACCUUGACACCAGAACAGGGAAAAUACAAUACCUACUUGAUCAGAGUUUGGUUCUGGUAUGGCAAUUACGAUGGGCUGAAGAACCCACCAAAGUUUGAUCUUUAUAUUGGUGUCAAUCUGUGGGAAGAAUUAGAUCUGUCUAACGACACAACUGCCAAAAUGUCAGAAAUCAUGUAUGUGGCAUCCACGGAUUGUAUACAUGUAUGUCUCUUAGAUAAGGGUGAGGGAACUCCUUUCAUAUCUGCGCUGGAGCUAAGGCAUUUGAAUGGUCCCAUUUACAAGUCAGAAACUCGAUGCUUGGCUUACUAUGAACGGAAUUUCAUGGGUUCAUCUCGGGAAAAUUGGAUCUUAGAUGAUCUUGGUCGCAGUUGGUCUCACAAAGCCGUGAAUGACUCCAAGAAUAUCUCGACAUCUCUCACGAUUAACCCCGAGAGCAGCAAAGAAUAUCAAUUGCCGUCGUCAAUGAUGAGAAUAGGAGUUGAAGCACUCAAUGCUUCCAAAAUUUCCUUACAAUACUCCCUGGACGUGGGCGGGGAUGACUCUAAGUUCUACGUCUACUUGCACUUCUGUGACGUUGAGGAAACCGGGAAUGACGAGUUGCGAGAAUUUAACAUCUUACUGAAUGAUGAUCCCUGGCCAGAACCCGUUCGACCUAGUUACCUGACGACAACCACCGUUCCCGUUAACUUCUCUAGUAGGGGAGAGAUUCGGCUGAGUCUUGUGAGGACAAUAAGGUCAACCCUUCCUCCCAUUCUUAAUGCUGUGGAGAUUUACGUGGAAAAAAAGCUCCCCCGAUCAGACUCUUGUGAACGGAUGAAGAAGAAGAAGAACCGGAACACUAUUGCAAUAAUAGUAGCUUCUGUUGUUCCAUCGAUAAUACUUUUAAGAUCAAUAGCUAUCUUGUGGAGCUUAAAAAGGAGAAGACGCACAGAGGGAAGAACAUUAAAGCCAAAAAACCGAAGAUUCACGUACUCUGAAGUUGUGACUAUCACAAAUAACUUCGAAAGAGUCAUCGGGAAAGGAGGAUUUGGAACAGUCUAUCUUGGAUACUUAGAAGACGGCACUGAAGUUGCUGUGAAGAUGUUCUCUCGACCGUUAAGCCAAGGAUCUGAACAAUUCUGGACUGAGGCUGAGCUCUUAACGACCGUUCAUCAUAGGAACGUGGCUUCUCUGAUUGGGUAUUGCGACCAAGGCUCAAAUACAGCACUUCUAUACGAGUAUAUGGGUAAUGGGAACUUGAAAGAAUGCUUACUAGACCAAAAUAGGGCUGUUCUAACGUGGAAGCAGAGACUUCAGAUAGCAAUAGAUGCAGCACACGCAUUGGAGUAUCUGCAUAAUGGUUGCAAGCCACCCAUAAUCCACAGAGACAUCAAGACUACCAACAUCUUAUUGACUGAAAAUUUGCAAGCAAAAGUUGCAGAUUUUGGAUUGUCCAGAAUCUUUCCUGCUGAAGAUGGAAGUCAUGUAUCAACUGAAGUAGUCGGAACAUUUGGAUAUCUUGAUCCUGAGUACUAUUAUACCAAGAGGUUAACUGAGAAAAGCGAUGUUUACAGCUUUGGUGUCGUUCUAUUGGAACUGAUCACAGGCCAACCUGCAGUCAUAAAAAGCGAAGAGAAUGUUGACCACAUAGUCCAAUGGGUUAUGCCGAUGCUCGAAAGAGGGGAAAUUAGCAGCAUUGCAGAUCCAAGGUUGCAAGGGGAUUUUGAGAGUAACUCUGUCUGGAAAGCAUUGGAGACUGCUAUAGCAUGUAUACCAUCAAGUGCCGUUCAAAGGCUAUCCAUGAGUCAAGUAUUAGGGGAACUGAAUGAGUGUUUGCAAAUUUAUCUAGCCAGUGAAGGACCUUUGGAAAUUUCAGAGGGAUCAAACAGUGGAAUUGAUUAUUCGCGCAAUCCGCUGGAUCUUGAAUCUUCCAUGAGCGGUCCAUAAGCAAGGUAGAUGGUACACAAGCUAAACAACUAAGAAGAUCCCUUGGUUUCACAAGCAAGGAAGUUGACUCCAACUUAUUGGGACUUAAGGCUCGGUUUGGUUUGGUUUUGUUCGUGUUUUUCUCUCCUUUUUACCGUUAAAACUUUUGUGACUUGUUUGCAAUAGUGCCUCGAUCGAUCAGGUCAAGAGUUUAAAGUUGUGGCAAUUAAUGUUUGAACUUUUUUCUGAUUAGAGCAAAAUUGCUGGAGACUUGAAUGCUGGUCCUGCAAACAAUUUGUAAUUGUCUUAAUAGUUGAGUUCUGUUAUUAAUACAUCAGUCAAGGGAUUCAUUCCUCUCCAUUUUGUUCUGAAAGUGGAUAAAAUGUAUUGUACAAUCCAAUUUUCGGACCGCUGGGAACCUCAGUCCAUUUCGUAUUUACGAACUUUCUACUCAAUGCUCUGACAAUUCGUAUCUACUUUGCGUCUGUACUAAAAUCACAAGUACUUAAACACAUCAUCAAUAAGUUUAUUGAUGACACCAUAAACAGAAGUUGAAAACUGGUUUGUAGAACUUUAAACCAUACGCUAAUCCAUCCUUGCCAAAGAAGACCCGAAGUAUUGCCUCAUGAUCAGUCGAUUUUUCCUUCUAUGAAAUCUUUUUUUUUUCUUUCUAAAUAAGUACUUGUAUGAAAUCUUGGAUUUUCUACAUAUGUUAUCAAGGAAUAGCACAGGCACAACGACAGCAAGAGGGCGGCGGUGGAGAGGUGGAUGUUGGAGGGGCGCAGCAUACACAAUUAGGGCAAAAGGUUCUCUGAAGGAGUUCUGCCAUGAGAAGAAACCAAUGAGAAACAAAAUCAGAAUCUAGUAAGUAUUGUUUUAGCCUUUCUGAAAAUUCAAACUUAUAAAGUAAGGACUGAUAACUUAGAAAAAGUGAGUUGGGCAGUUGGCCGAAUGAUCUUGUAGGAACACGAACAGGUCUUUUGUUUGAGUCGAUGGACACAGAGGUUUUCGUUAUCCUUUCAACGAGUCUAAUUUUUGCUAAUCGACUAUCAUACCUAUGACAGAAAGAAUAACUCAUUGUUGAGUUAUUUUCCAAUUUGGCAACCCUCCUCACCUUUCGCCGCCAAUUUGCUCAUUUCAUCUAUCCCAUCUCUUCUCUCCAAAAGAAGUUUUGACAAACACCGGGUGUGCCUCGAACAUGUUCUCUGUUUCUUGUGUUUUGAACAAAUUAAACAAAAAGUUGCUUCCUUUCUAAUGCAAAGCUGAAAAUUGGAAACACGUGUGCCACGAAACUGGAAUGUUAAGAUUGUGACGAGAAUUUACCUCGGCCACGAUUCAAUCGAGCAGCAUCACAUGGUAAAAGAGAAGACAGAAAGAUGGCAAAUAUGAUAAUAAUAAGUUUCACCAUAACAGACCUCGGAGAGUAAGCUGCCAUAGUGGGCACUGAACUCUAUUGUUUGAAUCUUCCUUGGGUGAAAUCAGAUUAUGCAUAUUUAUACAAGUUGUGUUAGGGUCUUUUGGUCCAGCGAAUCACCAAAUUACCCCAAAAUUCUUGCUGUUUGGAUCCGAAGAUGCCAUUCAUAGU